AUGACUACCGGCGAGAUAAUGGCCCAGUACCGAUUUCUGGUACUGAGUAUUGGCGCGUUACUAGAUGCCAGUACUGAUGUGAUACUGGAGAAAUACUGGGAUGAUAGAAUUGGGCCAAGACUCGAAUUACAGUACUACUUUGGUACAGAAUUCCAGUAUUGCUGCAGUACCGAUUUCCAUUAUUGUUACGGUACCGAUUUCCAUUAUUGUUACGGUAUUAAAUCAGUACCGAUUCUCAACAUAACAUGGUUCGAAGGCAGAGCUAAUUGUCCGGUUGAGUAUCGCGGAUCCGAAUAUUGGGCAAUUCUAAGUGAAAAACGGAAUCAGGCGUCGCGAGUGAAAGACGCGUCGACUUCCGAUAGUGUGCGAGAGGACAUGGACGAAUCGGCAGAUUCAGAAGGCGAUGCAACGGUUCAGGAAAGAAGACCGGAAACGGGGCCGCUGCGAUCGGAAGAAUCUGACGAUCACGUGUCACGUGAAUUAGCAUUGGUUCAAAGAGAGAGAGAGUUGAUCGAGAGGGAGCGACAACUGCUACAACGGGAACGCGAGAUGGCGCGUAGCGUUUCCGCAUCGAGUAACGCUGCCUCGGCGAGCGGUGGUGUUCGUAACCUCAAAGAUCUCUUACCCGAAUUUGAUGCUACCGAGAAUACAUUCUGGAGAUGGAAACAUCAGCUAGAGUUGUUGAGAAACUCUUAUCAACUAGAUGAUAAUUCUGCAAGAAUUUUAAUAAGCUCAAGAUUGAGAGGACGAGCUCUCACCUGGUUUUAUUCCAAAGCGGAACACCUGAUGCUGAGUAUCGAAGAUUUGUUGGGAGAAAUGACGCGCAUGUUUGACCUGCGCCCUGGCAAAUUAUCUCUCCGCAAGGAAUUUGAAGCCCGUGCAUGGAAAACGGCCGAACCAUUUUGUGAUUAUUAUCACGACAAAAUAAUUCUUGCUAAUCGAGUGCCAAUAGACGAAGACGAACUUCUCGAUUACCUCAUUGAGGGUAUUACUGAUAUACGCUUACAAAACCAGGCGCGUAUAAUGAAUUUUAAGUCAAAAACGAUGUUAUUAGAGGCCUUCGAGAACGUCAGCUUAGAGAACAAACGGUAUAGCGACCCGAAGUUGAAGAAGACCGGCCCACAAUCGUCUGCAAAAACGGAGUCCGCGAAAGCGAAGCCGACGAGGUGCUACAAGUGCCGCGAGACUGGACACAUCGCUACACACUGCAAGAAUCCGUUGUCAGCGGAGAAGAGAACAUGUUUCGUGUGCGGUUCAACGGAACACCUGGCGAGAAGUUGCCCUGAGCGCAAGCAAGCCACUGUGUCUGAAGUAAAAGAAAAAUCUGCACAAUCAACAUCAACAAACAUUAUAGAGAUGGAACAAAAUAGUGAACUCCCGAGACCUUACUUGAUCAAUGUAAAAAUUAGUUCUAGUAAUAAGAACGACAGCGUAGAUACCUUUACGAUAGAUGCGAUAAUCGAUUCUGGCUCGCCUAUUAGUCUAGUUCGCGAUAGUGUUGUUAGUGCCGCGAGUUGUAAUCCGGUGAAUGAAGACACUAGUCGAUUUUGUGGAAUCAACGGUUCACGUCUUAAGAUUUUACGUAUAUUUUAUGGCAACGUCGAGGUACAGAGCGUGUGCACAAAAAUAAAAUUUUAUACGGUACCCGAUGAUACGAUUGCAUUUAGGAUGCUGCUAGGCAGAGACUUUUUAGCUUGCCCCUCUUUGCGUAUUACUCUUGGGGAUACGGUCGAAAUCGAGAGCGUGUGCGAAUCAAAUAGCGAACAAGUAUUGAACAUUGCUUUAAAGAAACAUGAGCCUGACUUCGAGAUGAAUAUCGUUUUAAAACACGAUCAGCCGAUAACUUCGCGUCCGCGUAGACUCUCUUUUGCUGAUAAAGAAGUGUUACAAAAAAUCCUAGACAGGCUAAUAAAAGAAAAUAUUAUUCGCCCGAGUAAUUCGGCAUACGCGAGUCCAAUCGUGUUGCAUGGAAUAAGACCGAGCGACGAAAACAUCGAGUCAGUAUUAAACUACCCAGUACCGAGAAAUGCCGGAGAGGUCCGUCGGUUUGUCGGUCUUGCGAGCUAUUUUCGUAGAUUCGUCCCUAAUUUUUCUCUACUGGCAAAACCAUUGUACGACUUGAACAAAAAGGAUGCUUCAUUUGCUUUUGGUGUCGCGGAGCAUGAGGCGUUUGAGACAUUGAAACGUCAUUUAGCUAGUAGACCGGUAUUAGCGAUUUAUUCGCCCCACGCAGAUACCGAGUUACACUGUGAUGCGAGCGCGAGCGGUUACGGUGGUAUUCUACUCCAAAAACAGAGCGAGGGCGCGUGGAAGCCUAUUUCUUUCUGGAGCCAGCGAACUACACCCACCGAGGCAAAAUAUCACAGUUAUGAGCUUGAGUGCCUCGCGGUGGUAUAUGCGUUGAAGCGAUUUCAUAUUUAUCUAGCUGGACAGAAAUUUAAAAUUGUUACGGAUUGCGACAGUUUUCGCCUCACGCUAAACAAAAAAGAUAUUAAUCCGCGAAUAUCUCGUUGGGCCUUGUUCCUACAAAACUAUAAUUAUGAGAUAGAGCAUCGACCUGGGAAACGAAUGGCUCAUGUCGACGCGCUGAGCCGAUGCCACAGUGUAUUAGUACUCGAGGGUAGCACGUUUGAACGAACGCUGUCUAUUUGCCAAGACAGAGAUGCCGAGAUUCUAAAAAUUCGAGAAAGACUUGAAGAGGGUGAAGUGAAACAUUACGAAUUGCGUGACGGUUUAGUGUAUAGGAAAGAUAAUGAUAAGAAAUUAUUAUUCUUUGUUUAUUGGUUCCCGAGAUUGCGAGAGAAAGUAAAAGAGCACAUCGCUAAUUGUCUUCGAUGUAUCGAGUUUUCGCCGAUAAGCGGUAAAGCAGAAGGAUUUUUACAUAACGUACCGAAAGAGAAAUUACCAUUUAUGACGAUUCAUAUAGAUCACCUUGGUCCGUUAGAGAAAACUGCUAAAAACUACAGGCAUAUACUCAUUAUUAUCGAUGCAUUUACUAAGUUCACUCGGACGUAUCCCUGUAAGUCUACUACGACGGAUGAAUCAAUAAAAUGUUUGCGUGACUACUUCCGUGCGUAUAGCAAGCCAAAGCGUCUAAUCUCAGACAGAGUGAGUACACCCAGAGCUAAUGGUCAAGUGGAGCGUUUUAAUAGGACCAUUGCUCCAAUGUUGGCAAAGCUAAGCGAAACUCCCUCCAAAUGGGAUCGGGUCUUAAAUGAUGUCGAGUAUUCUUUAAAUAAUACCGUGUGUCGAGCCACUGGUAAAACCCCUUCGCAAUUGUUGUUCGGAGUUGAUCAAAAGGGAAAAGCUAAUGACUCUUUGCGUGAAAUACUUAACCCAGAUGUGAAUCGCGACCUUGAAGAGAUUCGAAAUCAUGCGUCUGCGAAUAUCGAAGCGCUACAACUCCAGAACGAGAAGCGAUACAAUUUGCGAAGAAAAGCUGCGCGUGAAUAUAAAGUGGGCGAUUAUAUCGAGAUAAGAAAUAUCGAAACUACACCCGGCAUAAACAAAAAGCUGCUGCCUAAAUUCAAAGGGCCCUAUAUUGUAAAAGCAGUUCUCGAUCACGAUCGUUAUGUUGUUUCUGACAUCGAUGGGUUUCAUCUAACCCAGAGACCGUAUACAAGUAUAGUCGCGCCCGACCAAAUGAGGCCUUAUAUUCACUCAUGA